AUGGCGUCGUCGUCGGAAGCUGAAGGACAGGUCAUCGGCUGCCACACCGUUGAUGCUUGGACCGACCAGAUUCAGAAGGGAAAUGACAACAAAAAGCUGAUUGUUGUGGAUUUCACUGCUUCCUGGUGUGGACCGUGUCGUUUCAUCGCUCCACUUUUUACUGAACUUGCGAAGAAAUUCCCCAAUGUCACCUUCCUCAAGGUGGAUGUGGAUGAAUUGAAGUCAGUUGCUCAGGACUGGGCAGUUGAAGCCAUGCCAACUUUCAUCUUUCUGAAAGAAGGGAAGAUUUUGGAUAGGGUUGUCGGGGCAAAGAAAGAAGAGCUUCAACAAACCAUAACCAAGCAUCUCGAGCCAGUAACCGGCGCCUAA